CGCAGCGCUUCUCGCUCAUGCGCACUUGGGACCCGGCUGUCCGCCGAGCGCCCACACUACAGAAGCCGGGUAGACAGCGCGCGGCUGGAUAGAGGAACAGGUAAGAUCAAAGUACAAAUCCGCGGAAGUCAUCUCCUGUACUAUGUCCGCAGUCUCAGGUCAUCUCCUGUACUAUGUCCGCAGUCUUUGGUCAUCUCCUGUACUGUGUCCGCAGUCUCUGGUCAUCUCCUGUACUGUGUCCGCAAUCUCUGGUCAUCUCCUGUACUAUGUCUGCAGUCUCUGUUCAUCUCCUCUACUAUGUCCGCAGUCUCUGGUCAUCUCCUGUACUUACUAUGUCUGCAGUCCAUUAGUUCAGAAUUUUUUUUUUUCCUGAAUUUUUUUUUUUCUGCCUCUAAAACCUAG